CUCGCUCGCUCGCUCGCUCGCUUCUUGCGCCAAGCGUUUUUUCAACUCUGGGGAGCAUCUGUGUUAUUUUUUUCCGCAGAACGCGCGUGGACGCCGCGACUGAGGUUCGUGGCGCCCGGGGGGGGCGGCCACUGUCACGAAGUAUCAUGUCCAGCAGCCAAUGGGAAGCUCUUCCACAGAGAGCAAGAAAGCGCCGGCCGGCCACGGCUGCUAGUGCCACUCCGGCAGUCGGGAAUCCUCCGCCUCAGCCUCCCCCACCAGACCAGCAGCGACAGCGGGAGGAGAAGGUUGCUUCAGCGGCGCCACCAGCACCACCAAAGUUGGCGUCGGUAACAAGAGCAUCACCAGCGUCGGGAGCGGCCGCGGCAACAGCGGCCGCAACGGGAGCUGCAGGCUUGGUUCCGGUCGUUGGCGUCGCAGAAGGCGGCCACGGCAACCAACAGCCUCGACGGACCUCCAGUGGUGGGCCCAAGGAGAGCGGAGGACGAGACCAGCACGACCCAUGCCGUGGCAACGCUUCGUCGCUCGUCAGCGUCGGCGAUAACGCUUGUUCUCUAGCAAAACCCACCGGCGCCGCCACUCCCGUCGACGGGGGUGUUGUCCGUGAUGACGGCCGUGGGAGGGAAGAUGAUCGGGUGGUGGAGGGAAGGGGAUCCGCAGAAGACACUGGGGGGAAGGGGGGGGACAAGGCAGCGGCCGUAGCAGCGCGGCACGCCGCCGUGACGGCGGAAGUGGACGCGAGGUCGAAAAUCAAGCGGUUUUCGGGAGGGCUGGAGGGCGGUGCCGGCGCGGACGGGGGCGCGGAGGGGGCCAACUUCGAGUGGGGAGACAGCAUCGAGCGUGCGAUGGAGGGCGCGUUGGCGGCCAUGUUCAACACCAUCACGGACAUCGCCAGGGUCGACAUCAACCCGGCCCUCACGAGAGAAAUGGAGAUCGAAGGCGAGUUAUGGCCACGCUUCCUUCCGUGCAGAGCUUCCGUGUAGGGUUGCACUUUUCGUCCUUGUCUCCCGCGAGAGAAAGUACCCACCCGAGGUGAUAUUGACCCCCACCUCAGCUUCGGUCCAAUGCCGAAAGGAGCUGCGCUGUUGUUUGUCGCUUUUCGGGGUCCGCCAGGCAACCUUUCCGAUCAUUGUGAGCUACGGGUAAGUGGCUUACACAGGGACCAGUAGCUUAUACAGGGACCGCCACCUUAUGUAGGGACCACUUCAAUACAUUGUUUUGUUUAUCGUGGGUCAGCUGGUAUGCGAAGCCUGUGCAUUCUG